CGGGCGGGCGCGCGUGCGCCGAGCCGAGCGGCCGCUCCGCGCGGAGCCGGAGCCGCCCGAGCCGGAGCAGCGUCGGCAAGCGCGGGGCCGCCCGGGCCUUUGUUGCGGCGGCCGGAGACAUGGAGGAGCUGAUUGUGGAGCUGCGCCUCUUUCUGGAGCUCCUGGACCACGAGUAUCUGACGUCGACGGUCAGGGAGAAGAAGGCUGUGGUCACCGAGAUCCUGCUGCGGGUGCAGGCUGCCAGAGGUUUGGAUGUCAAAGAUGGCCCGCAGAAACAGGAGCCCCCGGCCCCCCUGCCCGCCCCGCCGCAGAUGCCGCUGCCCGAGAUCCCGCAGCCCUGGCUGCCCCCCGACUCCGGGCCCCCGCCGCUGCCCGCGUGCUCGCUGCCCGAGGGCUACUACGAGGAGGCUGUGCCACUGAGCCCCGGGAAAGCCCCGGAGUACAUCACGUCAAAUUAUGACUCAGAUGCCAUGAGCAGCUCUUACGAGUCCUAUGAUGAAGAGGAGGAAGAGGGGAAGGGGAAGAAGACGCGGCACCAGUGGCCGUCGGAGGAGGCGUCCAUGCACCUGGUGAAGGACGCCAAGAUCUGCGCCUUCCUGCUGCGGAAGAAGCGCUUCGGGCAGUGGACCAAGCUGCUGUGCGUCAUCAGGGACACGAAGCUGCUGUGUUACAAGAGCUCCAAGGACCAGCAGCCGCAGAUGGAGCUGCCGCUGCAGGGCUGCACCAUCACGUACACGCCGAAAGACAGCAAGAAGAAGCAGCACGAGCUCAAGAUCACGCAGCCGGGCGCAGACCCACUGGUGCUGGCCGUGCAGAGCCAGGAGCAGGCGGAGCGGUGGCUGCGGGUGAUCAGGGAGGUGUACAGCGGCUGUGGCGGGCCCGCGGACCCCGAGGGGCCUCCCCUGUGCAGCUCCCCGGUGCACAAGGCAGAACUGGAGAAGAAGCUGUCCUCCGAGAGGCCCAGCUCAGACGGGGAGGGCGCGGUGGAGAAUGGACUGGCCCUGUGCAACGGGAAGGAGCAAGUCAAGAGGAAGAAGAGCUCCAAGUCCGAGGCCAAGGGGACAGCAUCGAAGGUGGCCGGGAAGAAGAUCACCAAGAUCAUGGGGCUGGGGAAGAAGAAGCCGUGGACAGACGAGCAGACGUCCUCCGCCGAGGAGGACGUGCCCACCUGCGGCUACCUCAACGUGCUGACCAGUAACCGCUGGCGGGAGCGCUGGUGUCGUGUCCGGGACAAGCAGCUGUUCCUGCACAAGGACCGUACCGACCUCAAGACCCACCUGGCGUCCAUCCCGCUGCGGGGCUGCGAGGUGAUCCCGGGCCUGGACUCCAAACACCCCCUCACCUUCCGGCUGCUGCGCAACGGCCAGGAGGUGGCAGUGCUGGAGGCUGCCUCUUCUGAGGACAUGGGCCGGUGGAUCGGCAUUCUGCUGGCCGAGACAGGCUCUUCCACCGACCCUGGGGCCCUGCACUACGACUACAUCGACGUGGAGCUGUCUGCGAAUGUCAUCCAGACAGCCAAGCAGACCUUCUGCUUCAUGAACAGGCGUGGCCUGUCCGCCAACCCCUACCUGAGUGGCUCCUCCAACGGCUAUGCCCACCCCAGCGGCUCUGGGCUGCACUACGACGAUGUCCCCUGCGUGAAUGGCACGUGGGACCCGGACGACGGCUUUGCUGCUGCGCGAGGCAGAGGCCCGGGAGAAGAGGUGCUUUAUGAUAACGCAGGCCUGUACGAUAACUUGCCGUCUCCGAAAAUCUUUGCACGCUACCCACCUGCUGACAGAAAGGCUGCUAGGUCACCUCCUGACAAACUGCCCUGUAACCAUUACAAGCGGCCCGCCUGCGGCCCGCCCUGCUCCCAGUCUCUCACUAACACCUCUUCCGUGGGGAGGGCGUCUCUCGGGCCCAACUCCCAGCUGAAGGGGAAAAAGCCCCCCCUGGCCUCCAACGGGGUCGCGGGCAGAGGGAAGGCUCUGAGCGGGCAGCCGAGGAAGGUGGACGCGGCCGCCGGAGUGAAGCGCAGCGCCUCAAAUGCUGACCAGUACAAGUACGGCAAGAACCGCGUGGAGGCCGACGCCAAGCGGCUGCAGGGCAGAGAGGAGGAGCUGCUGCAGCGGAAGGAGGCACUGCGCAACCGGCUGGCACAGCUGCGCAAGGAGCGCAAGGACCUGCGCGCGGCCAUCGGCGCCAACGCGGGCGCCAGCGGCCGGAGGACGCAGCAGGCACUGGAGGAGAAGCUGCGGCGGCUGGAGGAGGAGUGUAAGCAGCAGGAGGCCGAGCGCGUCAGCCUGGAGCUCGAGCUCACCCAGGUCCAGGAGAGCCUGCGCAAGGCGCUGGCUGGUGGCGUCACGCUGGGGCUGGCCAUCGAGCCGCGCUCGGGGACGUCCAGCCCUCAGUCCCCAGUGGCUCGGCACCGGACGCUGGAGAACUCGCCGCUGUCCAGCUGCGAGACGAGCGACGCCGAGGGCCCGGUGCCCGCCAACAGCGCCUCGGGCCUGAGGAAGGGCCCGCCGGGCGCCCUCGGCAGCCCCCCGUGCCGCGGCCACGUGCUGCGCAAGGCCAAGGAAUGGGAGCUGAAGAACGGGACCUAGGUGGGGCUGGCCCCGAGGUGGCCCUGCAGACACCGCCCCCCAGCGCCCCCCUCCGGACACCCCUCUGCAGCGGCCGGAGCAGCCUUGUCCCCUGCUGUGUGAUGGAGCCCACAGACACGGCCUCUCUGGUCCCCUCCUGCCUCGCUCAGAACCAGAACGAGGCUCCGACGCCAUGCCUGUUCCCCGCCUGGCCUUCAGCACGAGUAGGACGAGGCGUGGACACGCACCCCGCUGCACCCUGUAACUCCGGCUGUGCUCAGCUGCCAGGAGGGCUGAACUUGCACCCCUGCGGCUGCCCACUGCCUGGCCCCCUUGCCAGCCACCCCUGCAGCAGCUUUGACCUCUGGUCACUUUCUUCCUGGACAGAGACUGUCUCGGGGACAGGGAAGCCGCCAGUCUGGAGACUGUGUCUGUCUCGUGUCCUGGGUCAGGGGCGACCAGGGCUCCUACUCCCUGGUCCAUCGUGCCCAGCUCUGGGGAGGUGUCCAGAGUCCCUUCACUGCCAGUGGACACAGUGACACAGUCCUGAGCAGAGCUAACUUGGACACGGAACCUUCUGGAACUCCGGCCUCCGACUGUGGCAGUGCCCUCCCCCGGCUGCCUCUCCCGGGCCUGCCUGUGCUCUGCCCUGCCUUGGGGUGUUUGGGGGCGGGGGGCGGGCACCACCCUGUGAGCCCAGGUGAGGAGGAGUGUGUGCUGGCACCCCGGGUCCUGUGGGGCCUCCUGGGCAGGCAGGUGGGGGAGGGCACUAGCCUGAGGCCGGGGUCCCGCCCGCUGCCCCAGAGCCCCCGCAUGUCCUUCUCGGUGGCGGGCCGGCUCCCGGCGUGAGGCUUUUCAGGAGCUGGUGUGCCUGGAGCCGGUGCUGACUCAGUGGCAGAGCAGCCCCGGGUGUUUGCACCAUCCCUCCGGAGCUUCCUCUCAGCGUUGCCGCCCGGGCAGCACUCGCUCCGGCACGCUGUCUGCGGCUGCCUCCGCCCCGGCCUCUGGAGAUGCCCUGCCUGGCCUCGGGGAGCACUCCCUGCCGGGCUCACCCGCGAGGGCACCACCCGGCCGGGGCCUGCUGCCAGGGGCAACCCCCAACACAAACCUCAGGCCUUGCCGGCUCGGCGCGGAUUCGCCCCCUCCACAGCCAUAACCCCCGCGUCCUGCCGCCUAGUGCUGCCGCCCGCCCGGGCUGCUCGCCGCCAGUGUUGGGAACAGUAAGUUAUUUAUUUGUACAUGUCGUUAGUCGCUCCUCUAAUUUAUGUGUGUACAUAGUAGGCGUGUAGCUUCCUGCAGCCGCCCUGCCCUCGGCGCCACUGGCACCCCGUCCCCAGAGCAGCCUCGAGAGCACCGUCUGGGGUGCGGGCCAGGCAGCCCCUCCUGCGACCGACCUUCCCAGACCCCGAGCCGUGGGCUGGCGGCUCCGUGCCCACAGCCCCUUCGCCCACACAGCAGGCAGCUGAGUCUGGGUGUGGGGGUCCAGCCCCCUCCCAUGUUUAUGUCCAACAGAAACUCGCUCGGACACACCAGCAGAGAAACAGUGACCACGUGGCCUCCCGUUGUGGCCUGGGGUCAUCCUCCCGCCCUCCUUGGGGCUGUUCCCAGUCGCUUCCUGACUGGCAGGAGUGCUUCCCCCACCGGAAAAUCUGUUCCAACCACAUGUGCCCUGGGCCAGGGGUGGGGGCAGGUGCAGCCCUGACCACCACUGGGGGUGGCCGCUGCCCUCUGACCCUCCUUUCCUUCUUGAAGACCAGCGCUGCCAAGGGCGGCCCUCUCGAGGGCAUGCCCUUGCAUCCUCCUGCUGCUGGGGUCUGGUCAGCCUUCACCAGACCUGCACCACAGGGUGUGCCUCAGUUUACUUAGCAGUCCCUGAAACACCAAGCUCAGAAACUAUUGCCUUCCUUUUUUCCUUAAAAUAACAUUUUCAGGGGAAAAGCCAUUUCAAAUCAUGGCCUACAUUAUUUGUUACUCUGCCUCCUUCAGGGGACCAGGGGUCACCCCCGCCCUGUCAGGAAGGGCUCAGUCCCCUUUGCACGUAUGGGGAGUUGGGCUGUGUGGUCGUGUUGGGCUCCACAGUCUGAGCGGCCCAGGGGCCUGACGUGGGACCAGCCAGUCCUCAUUCCCAGAGGCCAGGAGGUCCGCAGAAGACCCUCUGCACACGGUUUUCGAGAAACUUGAGAAACAUCACUUGGAAAUCUGCACCAGCUUUUCGAACUCUGGGUCAAGUACUCAAGAGUUCACUGACCGUGGCUCUGUGUUGUCGUGUUUCCAUAGGACGAAUGUAAUUACUUACUGUAUUUUUUAGAAACAAAAGUCAUAUUGCAAACUCUGAAAGCAGCACGAAGGGAGCAGGAGUUGCGCUGGCCCUGUUCGCUGCGCCCAUGUCAGCGACUGAGUCUGACCCUUGAAGCCCAUUUGGGCACACAGGCACCUGGGACGUGGGCUUUGGACUGUGCUCCAUUUUGUGACAUCCUGUGGGCCUCUCCUGCCGUUCCUGCGGUUUCCCACGGUGCCCCGACGAGCGUCUCUGGCGCGACCCUCGAGUAUGUGGAAUAAAGCUGGUUCUUCCGA